AGGAUAUCGGAACCCAGCUGACUGGGCUCCAGUUUCCGCCCGGGCAUCUUCUUGCAGGCUCCGUCUCGUGCGCCCUGCGGCUUCCGGUCCACUGUGGGUCUCUCCCAGAAACAUGGGGAAAGUGAGAGGGCUGCGAGCCCGCGUGCACCAGGCUGCCGUGAGGCUCUCGGCGGAGUCCGCGCCCGGCCCCGGCCCACCUGCCCCCCACCCCCCUCCCCUGGCCCUGAGGGGCAGGGAAUGGGCUUUUGUGAACACGGACAUCUUUGCCAGGACCAAGAUAGACCCCAGUGCCUUGGUGCAGAAGCUGGACUUGGACACAAGGAGUGUUGCUUCCAUCAGGAGAGGUGAGAGACCUUAGGGUUUGCAUGCUCCAGUGCCUGGCUGGCUUUG